AUGUCUACCGAAAAUUGGGAAGAAAUCAAUGAAUUAGAUUUUGAAGAUGAUUUAGCGCACAGAAUUACUGUUCAUUCUGUUGUUCAUCAUCUUAACGUUACUAAUGAUUCGAAUUGUAAUGAAGUUGAAGAGUUAGAAUAUCAAUUAGUACAAGCCCAUAAACAACCGACGUAUGCAGCGGCAGCUAAAUGGGGUAUUCACAAGAAAAAUAAAAAAUCUAUCGAUAUUAAUUCUGUUGAUAAUGUGAAAGAUAUUGUGGAUUAUGAAGAAUGUAAUCUCGCAAAUUCUCCCUCCAAACAAUCUUCUUCACCUAAUAUAAAUCCAUCUACUCUUGUCACUUCUGAUACUUCUACUCCUAUUCCGGAUACUUCUACUCCCGUUACUCCUGUUCCUACUUCUCAUACUUCCAUUUCUACGGAACCUGACUCUCAGGAUUAUUGUAAAUCAGUAUCACGUAGACAUAAUAAUCAUGUACACAAACUUUCAACUCAACGACUACUUGAACAAAUAUCUAAUCCAAUUACUAUUGAAUUGAAUGCAAGUGCAGUUAAAGGUGAUACUAAUCGUAAUCCUGAAUACAAAAAAUAUAAAAUACUAAAAAAAUCUUUACGAUAUAAAAAUGGUAGUGGUAAAAGUAAAGAUAGAAAAAAUAAUACAGAUAAACGAGUUGAAGUUUGGUAA